AUGUUGGAGACAGAGAUCAAGGAGGAGUCGGUGGUGCUGCGGCUGGAGAAGGGGACGGCAGUGAAACGCUACUCCUAUAGACACAGACCAGAGGACGGUACACUCAGGAUACGGCGAGAGACACACCAUAUAAUAUGGACUGUCAGUCAGAAUACUUCAGAACUAAUAAGUAAGUUUGUCCUCCUGGCAGACAUCAAGGAAGUGCGGGCAGGACAGGGAUCCAGGGACUUCAAAAAGUGGAUGGACACAAAGGAAGCUCAUAAACAUGAAAACACAUGUUUUGUUAUUUACUAUGGAAAGAAAUUCAAAUUAAGAUCCCUUUCUAUAGCUGCCAUUGGGGAAUCAGAAUGCAAAGACUGGAUCCUGGGACUGGAGCACCUCAGAAAGGAGUAUCCAGAUGUACCAUACAUUAUCCGUCUUGAAAGAUUUCUCCGCACAGAAUUCUACAACAUGGAAAACCGAGAGAACAAAAUAACGAUGCAAGAUGUGGAGAACUUUCUGCCCAAGAUUCAUUACCGGACCACCAACCCUCGAGUAAAAUCCAUUUUUGACUCAGUGGAUGACCAGAGGCGAGGAGAGAUUGGCUUUGACCAAUUUCUAGAGCUCAUCAAGAAGAUCACUUGGGAAGAACAGGAAGAUCUGACCAACUACCGGCGACAGACUGAUGGUGAACAUGACCGCCCCAACCUGUAUUUGAAGCGUCUGUAUAGACAUCAAUGGCCGUGCCUGUUCUAAAUAUUUUCCUAUUCUGUCUACAAAUGUUAUUAAUCCACCAUUGAAGGUCAAAUUUCAUACCCUCUGUAAUUCUCAUGUAACUAUCAAAGUUCCCUUGUUUGAUUUUCAAAGCUGCAAUUUUUUCAGCUUCCAAAUUCCUGUAAUGUAGCUUGCCAAGCUCCACUACUGGAAUGGCAGCAACCAGUAGACCUAUAACUCUGCCUACUACCCUGAUUCUAUCUGUACAUUUAUUUCUAAGAGUGUCACAGGCAUGUGUGAUUUUCUGAAUCCUGCGUUGUGGCAAUGAAAGUCAUAUUAUUAGUAUCAAUAAUAUCACCCAAGUAUUCAAUGGUCUGAGUGGGCUCCAGCACAGACUUGUCCAUGUUAAUGAAAAAACCUAGUUUAUGAAGUAAUUCAAUGGUAUCAUCUACACAAGCCAGACAGUCUGUCCUAGACUUAUCACAAAUUAAAGAAACAGCAAUAAAACUAGUAAUUACAUGGCCUUUUUCUCUCAAUG